AUGACGCCACCUCCCUCAACACAAAUUCCAGGGGCCCCUCUCCGACACUCAAGAUCUCGCUCCACUUCGUCCCUGGCUUCUGCACCAGAUAUCGAGAAGACACUUUGCGUUGCAUACGGCGCUUCCGAAAACCUUCCAACCGCUGAUGAGAUUGACACUGCGGACGAGGCUAAGCUUCGGGCAGUCGCCAAAGAACUGUUAGGUGUUGCCCAAGAGGCUCGCAUGUCGGCGCUUCACUUCAAGCUGCAGAACAGUCUGCUAUCGUUCACAAGCAACGAAGCCAUUAAACGGGCCGAAGUUGAGCAUCAAUUAGCGAGAAGAGAAGUCGAGAUCCUCCAAAGCUCGGAGUAUCGCAGUCGCCAUUAUCAGACCGAAGUCAAGCCAGUGCAGCAAGUUUCAAACGUGGAUUUAGAGCUUGCCCUCAAGCGUAAUCAAGAGCUGGAAAGAGUGAAUGCCACCCUCGAUCGAAGACUGCGUCGAGCUAAAAAGUUGAUUGAGCAAGAGAAGGAGAAGUCCGACAUCCUGAGGGAAGAAAACAACUUGCUGAAGGGGCGCAUCAGGGACAACCGAAAACAUUUCUCUCAGAUGAUCGAGCAUGGUCCAAUGUCACCAAGCCCUCAAAGAGAGGUCCAGGCGUCUCACCGAAGACACUACCCCCAAUUUGCAGAUAGCAGCAGCCACCAGAUGAACGGGGGUGACAGCCACAACCCGUUCGCGGCACUUCUGGCUGCGGAUCGUGUCCUCAACCGAGAAUCACCGAGUGUUGCAACCACGCCCAACAGACAUCGUACUUAUAACCAGAAUACCGAGGACCACAUGCGUGGGAACCAUUCGUUGUCAUCCCUACCCAUGACUCCAUCCCAUCCUCGGAUGGCCCUCGAGGAGAACCGAUGCAAUACAUCCGGUAUGGACUCUUAUGGUACCCAUCGCGAUAGGGAUAGCACCAUAUCAGCAUCCGACGUUGAAGAAGCCGAAACCGAAGAAGAUAUCCCCGCGUCGGAGGCUGGAACAUUGGCUAGUAGCAUGCUUCGUUCCCACACCCUUGGUAGUCAUCAUGGAACCCGAGGCGUGGCGAAUGCACCAAAGUCCAGCACUCUCUUGCAAACGAAACUGUUUGGUCAGGUGAAGAAGGCCGGGGUUGAGCGGCCGCCAACUAAUCUUAAACGCAAGGCGAGUUUUGAUGGUGCGACCUCGAAGAAAUCGAAAGCGGAGGAAAGAGCGAUCAAGCACAACAACCAGAUUCUCAACCAGCACUUCCACAAGGACUGGCAGCGUCGUGUCCGCGUGCACUUCGACCAGCCUGGCCGCAAGCACCGCCGUCGUGAGGCCCGUCUCGCUAAGGCUGCCGCCGUUGCUCCUCGUCCGGUUGACCAGCUGCGCCCCGUUGUGCGCUGCCCUACCGUCAAGUACAACCGCCGUGUCCGUGCUGGCCGUGGUUUCACCCUUGCUGAGCUGAAGGAAGCUGGUAUCCCCAAGAAGCUCGCUCGCACCGUUGGUAUCGCCGUCGACCACCGUCGUGUCAACUACUCCAAGGAGUCGCUCGUCGCCAAUGUCGCCCGUCUCCAGGACUACAAGGCUCGCCUGAUCCUCUUCCCCCGCAAGAGCGGUCAGUUCAAGAAGCUUGACUCGUCCGCCGAGGAGGUUGCCGCCGCCAAGGCUGCCUUUGCUGAGGGCAAGUCCGAGGGCUUUGUCACCCGUGUCGGUGCCACCCUCCCCAUCAAGAACGUCUCCGCCGAGGAGGCUGUUACCGAGGUCAAGCGUGACGACCUCCCCAAGGGUGAGGAGGCCGCUUACCGCCGGCUGCGUGAGGCCCGUAGCGAGGCCCGCUACAAGGGUGUCCGGGAGAAGCGUGCUAAGGCCAAGGCUGAUGAGGAGACUGCCGCCAAGAAAUAA